UAAAGAGGACACCGAAGCUUUACAUUUAUUAAUUCGUGUCUAUUCUUACUAAGACAAAAACAAAUGAUACACAACCGUUGCUUAUUCGCUUAAUACAUUGAAUCAAACCAGUUUUCAGUUUUGUAAGUUGGCGACAAUUCGUUCAAAUGACAUUAGAUUACGUUUACGGGCGGCCAAAGGGUCCACUCCCUGAUGACAUUGCAGCAACCAGACGUCUAUUGGGCAUGACUGAUGAGUCGAUACGCCGGGAUGUCUGCGAGCUCAUUCAGUGGUUUCGAGACCAGCCUAACCUGCCAAACACGUUGGAUGGAGUGGAAUUGGAUUGGUGGAUGGAAAAUUACCUGGUUAUGAAUAAAAAUGACAAGGAAAGAGUCAAAGAAAACAUGCCAGUAUAUUUUCAACUAAAAACAAUCUUGCCGGAAAUAAUGAACAACCGAGAUCCAAAAACGGAUAAAGAGAUGAUAAAAGCAUAUGAAACAACACUAUUGGGUUUGGUACCUACGAUAAUGGACGGUGGCCGAAAACUAGCAGUGUAUAUGCAUCGCCCAGAUACGCCGGCAUCGGAUUACAGUCCAUUGGGUAUAGCCAUGCAUUUGACAUGUUUGGCUGACCUUUAUCUAGCCCAAGGAAUAGAUCAUACAAGAGUUGUGGUCGUUAUCGACAUGCGAACUGUGCGGUUGGGUCAUUUGGCCAGAUAUUCAUUAGGGUUUUUACGCCGUUUUUUCUUAUACGCCUGGAAAGCUUAUCCAGAACGUGUGGCUCAAAUACACAUAAUAAAUCCACCAGCCAUAUUGAGUGUAGUUAUGGCGAUGUUCAAACCUCUUCUUAAGGUGAAAAUUCGAAAAAGAAUGAUUGUACAUCGUCAUUUUGAAACUUUAUUAGAACACGUACCAUUAAAAUAUAUGCCUAAGGAUUAUGGAGGCGAAUCGCCAUCAUUGAUUGAGCUUCAUGAAACUUGGCGUCAAAAAAUUAUCGACCAUCAACCAUAUCUCAAAAAGUGCUCGAUUAAACAUAGAGUGAUGGACAAAAAAACAAAUGUUGAAUCUUCUGAAAAUAAUGUGUCAUCUUAAAACUGAUAAGUAAUUUAUAUUAUUACGAAUUAUGAAUGUAUAUAAUAGGCAUACUUUUAUGAAAAUAAUCGUAUAUCAAC